AUGAUAAUUGUCUACUAUUGUUGUCGUCGUGCUCGUUUUGAUGAGAAUAUGCAACAACCAUUAUUAGGUGGACAAUAUACUGAAGAUGGACAACCAAUGACACGACAGGAUGUACAAGAAUCAAACGAUGAAGUGAAUUCACAAUGGCAAUGUGAAGUUUGUGAUUUUCAGAAUAAAAAUUCAGCAAAAGCUUGUGUCUUAUGUGGCACAGAACGUGGAUUUACUCUAGGUCUUCAUUCACCUAUUCGAGUCACGACAGCUCAUACAACAGGUCCUGUUACACUUGAGACGGAGAUACCAAAAGAAAAGAGUUUUAAUCGAACUCGUUCUUUUGCUAUUCGACGAUUAAAUAUGCUGAAUUCACGUCAACGUGGAGCAAGAAAUCGUCAAGAUUGGGUACGGAAAGUUGGACUGGAUGGAAAACGCUAUUGGGCAAAACGAGACUUACCAUUUCCAUUAGGAAAUGCAAAAUUGACGGACGGGGAUGGAAAAGUACUACAUACUGAAGGAAAUGGAGACAACAAUGGAAACAAGACACUGAAUCUACGAAUUGAUAUUCCAACCUCGGAUGCUGACAUGUUGUCACCUAAAAGUGCUGGUGCAGCUUUAGGAGCGACUGCAGCGUCCACAGCUUCGACGGUCUCGUCGGUUGCAGAUCCGGAAAAGGAACUUGUGCAUCAACAGUCACUGGCUUUUGUGUCACAAUUAGCACAGACCCCUAGACAUCCAGAGGGCCGCAUGACUUUUAAAGAGUAUCGUGAAGUAGACGCUCGUGUCGCGUCUCGGGGCUAUGAAAUUUCGGAACAGGAUUUGGAAAUUCUCGAGCAAGUGGCGGCGUUGCCGUUUAAGGACAAAUACGCUUGGUUUUUGGAACAGACGUCGGCUUUGAUUAAACCGUGGGAGGAUGGGCAUUUGAAAAUGCGGGUCCACCGUGAAAAUAUACUGGUCGAGUCUAUGGAACAAUUGCUGGGUGUGCAGAUGGAGCACAUACAUAUGCCGCUUCGUAUUGAAUUUAUUGGUGAAGUGGCUAUUGAUGCAGGCGGAUUAGAGCGCGAAUGGUUUUCGCUCGUGACGGAGCGUCUGUUUGAUGAAACAAUUGGUCUGUUCAUGUGUGCGCACGUGGACUCACUGGCUUACGUUAUUAAUCCGAACUCAGUUGAGGCCUCGGCUGACCAUCUGCUAUACUUUCGGGGUGCAGGUCGAUUGCUCGGUCGUGCUUUGCUGGAAGGUCAAUUGAUGAAGGCUCACUUGGCGCUUCCUGUGCUAAAGCAUUUGCUUGGCGUUCCUAUUUCGUUUAGUGAUUUGGAGUUCUUUGACCAGGAAGUGCACAAUUCGUUGAAGUGGAUGAAAGAGAAUAAUGGUGUGGAUGCACUUGGUCUGGACUUUACUGUUACAAAUCGCAAAUUGAACGGCGAGGUGGAAACUAUUGAGUUGAAGGAAGGCGGCAAGGACAUUGAGUUGACAGACGAGAACAAGCAGGAGUACAUUUAUUUGCGUCUACGCUACAUCAUGCUGGAUUCGUAUGCUGAACAGCUACAGCACCUCAUGGCUGGAGUAUUUGAGGUAAUUCCGCAGGAAUUGAUCCUCGUCUUUGACUACCAAGAGCUGGAGCUGGUGCUGUGUGGCGUACCUUCUAUUGAUGUGGAUGAUUGGAAAGCGCACACCCAGGUCUCGGAUGAGCUGCCUGAGGAGCUGCUUUCGUGGUUUUGGGAAACCGUAGAAGCGUUCACGGACGAGGAGCGGGCACGUUUAUUACAGUUUACUACGGGCUCGUCGCGUGUGCCCGUGCAGGGUUUUAAGGCACUUACGAGCUAUGACGGGCGCAUUUGCCACUUUACGCUAAAGGCCGUUACUUUCCCGGAAAAUGCCUAUCCGCGGGCGCAUACGUGCUUCAACCGCAUUGACUUGCCGCUGUACAAGUCGAAGAAGGAGCUGGAGGAAGUGUUGUCGUUGGUGAUAAACAUGGAAGUCACGGGUUUUACGGAUGAAUAA